AUGACCAAGAUCAAGAAGGACAGGGAUGUUGCCUCAUCUCCAAAAACACUUCGCACGAUGAUGGUCCGGUCAGACACAGCCCAAGAGCAACUGUCUGCUGCGGCGCAGGCGGUGGUUGCGAUGGACAAGAAACUGAUGAUCCCCUGUGGUUCAAAAGUGUCCCGGCGCAAGUUCAAGGGUCGCAGCCGCUCCGAGCCGGCCCAGUCCGUGAUGGAGGGGUUCCUCAUGAAGGAGGGCGGGAGCCACAAGUCGUGGAAGCUGCGCUGGUUUGUGCUCGCUGACUCUGAGCUUGUCUACUUCAAGUCAGCCUCGUCCGAGACACCGCUUGGCCUGCUUGACCUCGCUGACUACAAGCUCUGCCGGUCUGCAAGGCUGAAGGAGAAGUCGUGCGGCAUUGAGCUGGUGCCCGAAAAACCCGGCGCACGCGUGUACAUCAUGUCUGCUGCAAAUGAGGAGGAGCGAAAGCGGUGGGUGCACGCCAUCGAUAGCGCCAUCCCGACGCGCCGCCCGUAUGCACAGCGCAUCGCCCUCCUCCGCGAUCUCAUUCACCACUUGCAGGAGAUUGGCGGAACAAAGGAGGACAUCUUCCGGGUGUCGGGAUCUGAGCAGCACAUCAAACGCCUUCUUCACAACUUUGAACUCCGCCGUCCAUUCAAUGUGGAGGAGAUUGUCAACCCAUACACGCUAUCUGGCCUGAUCAAGAAGAUCCUGAAGACGUGUGCGGUCGGGCCGCUGCUGCCGGCGAGUGCACAGGAGCUCAUGCAGCGCGUGGUUGAGAAUGACGUCGCCGACGACGCACAGCUGCACUCCAUCCGAGCCAUCUUCAACAGCGAGCUCAUGACAAUGGACGAGCACAAGAUCCUCUGCGAUCUCACCACACUCUUCCACACGGUCCUUGACCACGCUGCGCUCACCAACACAACCAUCGACGAGAUUGCGCUGUCGUUCGGCAAAGCGCUGUUCCCGAACAUGGCUGACGAGUGGGCGCACCAGGUGCUUCACCUGCUCAUCAGCCACUCUGAAGAGCUUUUCCCGGACUGCCCUUGCGGCGGCAGCAACGAGUGA